UUUUACAUCAAACUAUCAAUCAUAAAUAAUAUUUUGAUCUUUCCAAAGGAUUUAUGUUUAUCAAAUAACGCAAUGGCUGCAGCUUCAACAUCUGAUAGUACGGACGUCGUUUUCAAGCAACACAAAGUUGUGCCUGACGUCAUACCAGUGGCGCCGAAACAAUUUCUAAAGGUCAGUUACAAAAAUGUAUUGGUUGAAAAUGGAAAGGAGCUAACACCGACACAGGUGGCAGCACAGCCCUCGAUCGAAUGGAAUGCCGAAAACAAUGUUUUUUAUACGAUAAUUAUGACAGAUCCGGAUGCACCAAGCCGCAGCAAUCCAAAAUUUCGUGAAUUUAAUCACUGGUUGGUUACCAAUAUACCCGGAACGGACAUUAGUAGUGGUGAUGUCUUAACCGCGUAUGUAGGGUCUGGCCCACCACAGGGGACUGGUCUCCAUCGAUAUGUUUUUUUAGUAUACAAACAACCAGUCAAAAUACGCUUUCAAGAAACUCGAGUACCAAAAAAUAGUAGCCAAAAUAGACCGAACUUUAGUACAGCGAAAUUUGCGAAAAAAUAUAAAUUGGGUGAUCCCAUUGCUGGAAAUUUCUUUCAGGCGCAGUGGGACGAAUAUGUUCCAACUGUACAUAGGCAAUUAUCUGGAAAGAAGUAA